UUUUGUAUGUUAUAGAUUCCGCUGUUCCUACCGUUAUUUAUAAAUGUAAACUCUUUAAAACUGGUAUUGGCCACGUUCAGCAGACUAAAGCAGAUCAAAGAUCGCUUAGUGAUUCUUUAAUAUGAUUGAAUCUUGCUUUUAGAUCUUUGAUGGAUCUAAGUAUUAGAAACCAAUCAUAUUGAAGAAUCACUAAGCGCUCAAUGAUCUACUCAGUCUGCUGAACAUGAUCAUUGGGUGAUCAUUCAGACAACUCAACAGUUGAACAACGGUUGAGAGAUAAUCACUUCUGAUUGGAUCAUACUUUUAGAAUCAAAGCAGAAUUUGAAGAAUAGUCCUAUCAUAAGUGAUGAUUUCUCAACCGUUAGGUUUUUUGAACAUGAUCAUUAUUUCUAUCGCUAAUCGCUAUUUCGUCCGUUGUGCAAGGGGCUUAAGCGCGGAUCAUCCGCUGGGGUGAAGAAACGCGGUUUUCUCGUUGGGGAUAGAGUAGUAUACAUGUAACCGGCAAACCGUUCGUCGACGAUUCAUCGUCGCGUGUUUACGGGACGCGAGAUCGUCACAAAUCGGUCAGAACCUUUUCGUCGCGUGAUAAAUCGCAAAAUCUAUCAAUUCAAAUCGAUUCAAGUGCAAGCAACAGAUCGCAUCGCGAUCUCGUCGCUUACGAUUUUAGGACAAAUCUCCGAACAAACCGUCGAUUUCUGUAAAGCAAGCAUCUAUUGAAGUCGUGUUCUAUGGACGACUAUCACGUGACGAACCGGCUCUGUACAACAGUUUUGCACGUUAAUUGUCACAAAUGACGACACCGAACAAACGUUGUAAAAAUCAAUAAAAAAAAGUGCGCGCAUCGCGAGUAAUCGAGCCGCAUUUGCAAAUUUAACCGCGAAACGUGGAUUUUUUUUUAACGCACAAUUACGCGGCGUACACGCCAGAGCCGCGGUAAACAUUCGCGCGUACAUAAUUUAUUUAUACAGCACCUUCUGUGACCCUUCAGCCCCCGUCGUUGCUAUCGUAAUACCUCUUGUCUGAACAACAUUUUUGUGCGUUACAAUUUUUACAGUUUUUUUACAGUUUUACGUUGGUGCAAAGGUGUGUGCGCGCGCGCAAGUGCAUGUGUGUGUGUGUAUUUUGCAUGCGUCACGUAUCAGUUUUGAUCGCUCGAAAAAUGGAGGCCACUAUGCAAGCAAAAACCACGCGUACCAGUGCAAACGUAUCGUACAUUCUUUACACAAUGCUACUAUCCGGAGUCGUGAUGGUCGUCUUGUAUUGGAUGAUAUGCCACUUUCUCAGCCGAACAUCGCAAUCCUAUCGUGAACGUCGGAAUUCGUCGAAAAAUUCAUUGACUCAAAAGAAAACUACAUCAGAUGCAGUAUCCUCGUACCUGACCUCAAAACAUGAAAAUAACACUAAACGUAUAAAACAGAAAAAAAAACGAGAACCACAAGAAUUCAGUCAUCACUGGAAAUUGGCUACACUUAAAGGACAUACCGGCUCAAUUUACAACAUGAGUGUUUCUGGUAAUCGCAAAUACGUAGCAAGCUGUGCUGAGGGAAGUGCGCAUGAGAAUAACGACAAGUUUCCUGGGAAGCAGAGCUUCCAAAGAGAUAACAGAAUUCGUACACGCAAAAAAAGGCAGGAAUUACAUCCUACUGCUUCUAAUCUGAAUGUGUUGGUGUAUAACACUCAACGGAACGAAGACAUCGUAGACAACAGGAGAUAUCUUCCUUCAGUUAAUAUAUCAAUGCCAAUAAUAGGAUUUGUUAAUCAAGAUCACUCGGUGGCUCCAAUUCAAUUAAUUCAAAUUAAUUAUAUCUCAAAAACGAAGAAAUACUUGACUUCACAAGAAAACAACAUGAAUGUUCCAAGAGGGAGUUACGUGUCCGAACGUUCGAAAAUCCCUAACUUAACCGAUCCGGACAUUGCGAAUAUAUUGUCAAAAUAUCUACUAACAAUACAAGAAUUGUCUUCAUAUGGUUUUCCCACGAGGUUGUUGGAUCGUGUCAUAAUUAAGUAUAAACCGUAUAAGAGAACCAGCAGCUCAGCUGAGCAAUCUGAUCAAGAGCAGGAAAUAGAUGAUGCAGAGAGUUCAGACAACAAUAGCAACGAUGAGCUCGCGACGAACAACCAAAUAAAAUUAAUAAAAAGGUCCUGCUCUCGUUGUAUAAAAGACUUUUACGUGGAUCAAAAUGGCAAAUGUGUGACUGAAGAAACUUGCUACUAUCACUGGGGCAAACGCAAGUAUUAUAGUUAUAACAAGAGUGACGCUCAUUGGAGUUGUUGUAACCAGAAAAUUGAAUCGUGCACCACAGCAUGCACCACAGCAAAGCAGCACGUUUGGAUUGGCCUUGUUCCUGGAGAAAACGGACCCUAUACCGAUUUUGUGUUUACCGAUUCUUCGCAAGCGAAGGAGAAAUCAGUAACUGGUUAUGAUGGCGUGUACGCAUUAGAUUGCGAGAUGUGCUUCACACAAAACGGUCUUGAGUUGACUAGAGUGUCGGUAGUGAAUAUGAAAGGAAUACCAAUCUAUAACGAAUUUGUGAAACCGAAAUUUGAGAUUAUCGACUACAACAGCAGAUUCAGUGGAAUUGAAGAAAAAGAUUUGAAAAAUGUUAUCAAAACUCUCGAAGACGUGCAAAGAGAUUUGUUACAAUUCAUAAAUGCCAAUACAAUUUUAAUUGGUCACGGCCUCGAGAGCGAUCUCAGAGUGUUACGCUUAUAUCACAACAGAAUCAUAGAUACGAGUUUACUAUUUACAAAAGAUUCCGGGCAUCGCAAAAGUCUUCAAGGUUUGUCUUCCACGUUGCUCAACAGAAAAAUACAAGAUUCGACGCACGACUCGUUGGAAGAUUCAUGUGCCGCCAUGGACUUGGUGAUGAAAAAGCUGAAUGAGGACUUAGCGAACCGCGGAAAUUCAAUACAUCUUAGCUCAAGAGAACGCGAGAGACUUCGGGAAUACGAAGAAGGUGAACGGGUCAGAAGAGAUUUUCAAGAAAUCGUUACGAUGCGUUGUGAAAACUAAAAAACGUGCGUAACAAUUUUAUACAUAAGAAAUUUAUAUUGACAACGCAUAAUUUUAUUCUUAAUGGGUUUUCUUACUACCGGUUAGAAACUGUGAUAUAGAUGUUACACAUAUAAUACUAUAUAGUGCAUUGCGUUUCCUCAUCUUGCGUUUUGUUUAAACCCGCGUUUGCACCACCGUUGAAGGACUGCGAUUGCUACGGGCUCAACGUUCUCAUAUACAUAAUAAAUAUAUACAUAACGCGCACACAUGACAAACAUCAUGGAGAUCUAGAUUCUAGGUAACUGACAAAACGUUUAUCGACAAUUUCGAAUUUAUUUUUUAUACCUAUAUAUAUAUACUUUGUUUCUUUUUCAUACUCAUUCUUUCUUACUUUUAUAUACUACUCUACUGCUUCACUACUUCUUUCUACUAUUUCUUUACUAUAUCGAAAUGUCAUUUUUGAAUUGUCAGUUUUAUCUUCGAACGACGAAACUGUCUUAUCUGAUCGAACUAUGUAAUUUUUCGAACGAUUGAUUUUUAUGUUCGACUUAGUAUCGAAAUCUACCCUCUUUGGUGUGCACGAUUUUUUGUACAUUUAUUUUAAGUAUGUUUUUACAUUUGUAUAUGCACGUAAAUCAAUAACGUUAUAAAUUUUACAUGUAUUUAAAAAUAAUCAAUUAUCAAAUCGUCGCAAUUUUUAUGGAUCGCAAUUUUGUACUUGCAAACUAUAUGUGUACGUUGAAGUCUAUAUACGUGUUCCACGGUUUUUAAUACAUACAAUUUAAUAAUUUUGACAUAUUCUCGUUGUUAAUUGAUAACAAUCAUUUUUUUUUUUUUUUUUUAUCCAUUUAUGUCUUCCCACAUGUCCUAUCAUGCGUAUUUCAUUAAAUAUCGCAAAGAAGACGCUUGGCGUUAUUGAUGUUGGUAAGUGUCUCUUCUUUUUUUUUUUUUUUUUUUUCUUCUUCUGUUGUUUCCUCCCCCAUCGAGAUAAAGUCUGCAUUUAAAUUCCGCUUGAAACAAAAUGACGCUGCAGAUAUUUUUCCUAAACGAUGCUUAAUGGCUUGUACCAGUUAUAUUCACAUCGAUUGCACGGCAAGAUAUUUUCACAUAAUUGUCAAUUCAAUUUCAAGCGUAAUGUAUAAUAAGAUCAAAGCGUGAUCUUGCGUGUUACUUUGGUAAUUGAUAUCAAAAAUUUUUCAACCAAAAAUCAGAAAUUUAGCAAUUACGUAUAUUACACGCAGAAAAUGAGCAAGAAAUUAAUAAUCGAAAAAACUAAAUUGACGCAUAAAUUUUUUGUGUUAUAAAAUUUAGAAAAAAAAAAAAAACAAAAAAAAAACAAAAAAAACAAAAAAAAACAAAAACAUAUCCUCUCUUAAUGCAUAAAGAUGUGCUAUUUUAUUAUGUAUUUUUGAAGUAAUUGUGUGUGAUUGAUAAGAUUAUAUUCUUUAUAUUAUAAUAACAACAUACAAGAGUAUGUAGCGAACAUUUCACGGACCACGUGUCUUUAGACGGAUCAUGUUUCUCGUAAUGUGUUUUACACGUGUUUUAAAAUGAUUUUUUGACGCAACACAUGUACACACGAAAUCACAUAGCGAUUUAUGAUAAAUAAUUCGUGCUUAUUACGUAGGAACAUACGUAUUGAUAAUCUAUUGUUUAUUAUUACAACAUUGACAUAUCCCAUUGCUUGCUUGAUGGCAAUUACAUGCGAUUAAUCCUAUUUUAUUCAGUGAUUAUGUAACAUCAGAGUUUCCUACUUUGAUCAUAACGCGCGAUACUUAGUAUAUAUUAGUGAAUAUUUAUUAUUUUAAGUCAAUAGUACACGUUUGUAAAUAUUUACUCUUUUAAGAGAACCCCGCAAAAACUGAACAAUUUUUAUAAAAUAGUAUUGUAAAAUCUAUUUUUCUAUUUACACAUAUAUUUGUACAUUUGUACUAUGCGUAGCAGAAAAGAUUGCUCGAGCAUUGAAAAAAAAAAAGAGAAAAUAGAAAAUAGAAAAUAGAAAAGAGAAAA